AUGGAUCAUCAACACUUAGAGACAGCACGGAACAGGCUCCUAGAGAACCAGGCUCUGGAGAAUAUUCUUCAAAAGAAUGGACAAUUCCUUCUGGAUAUAUUGUACAAAAAGUCAAUUGACCGUCACAAAAUAAGCAAAGAUAUAGAAUCUUGCAGCAAGGUCCUUAUCUCUUUGAUUCAGCAGUCAGAAGAUAGCAGAUCGUGGCAAGAUUAUACAGCAGUUAUUCUGGCUUGCUACAUUGCUUGUAUAGAAACAAGAAUUGCCAGAUUGCUAAAAAAGUUGCUUGAACCAAUCAAAACAUCUCUGUUAAGAGAAGAGUUGAGCUUUAUUCUAGCUGACCGUCUCUCCAGCAAAGCUAGUAUGUCCAGUAGUUCCAUGAUCAAAUUUUGCUUUCUGCUUGAACAGAGUCAUGAAGCCCAACACUUGGUUGAAAGUUGGUACCCACAAAUUUGUGAAUUCUUGCAACAACAUAUAAAGUCAGCUCUAGAUGCCUGCACAGAACAAGACCUUCUUUAUGCCUCUGUCAAGGCUUCCUUGCUACUGUUUCAACUCUUUCCUGACCAAACUAAGUUGCUGUUGAGUGCAGACAAUCUUAAGCCUACAAAAUCUCCAUUAUCCUCGCUUGUUGAAUCUCUUUUGGCCGUCCUGGCAGAGAAGAAUUGCAAUGCAGACACUGUCCUGUUAGCUGGAACUUCCUACUCAAUAAUGCUCAAUUCCUUGAAGACAAGUCCUGGAAAAAUUAGCAUCCUCUUCAUCAGUAGCUUGGCAGCCUUAAGUCUUGAGCAAAGACCCUUCAGCUGGGAGCAAAUUCAUAGUCAGUGUACAAGCCAAAAGAAAGAGAUAGUAUGCACAUAUAAGAUAGCCUGCCUCUCUCUGAUACGAGGCUUGAUUUCCUCUGCAGAAAAUAAGAUCCUACUUUCUCUGAUUCAACUACAAGGAACCAAUAUGAAAGUGCCACUUAUUCUGCGUGUUUUUCCCUUAGUCUUUAGCUUGUGCAAGGGCCCCAAUGUUCUGCUGCAAUACCAUAGCUUCAAUACACUUCAUAUUUGGUACAACAGAUAUUUACGCAUACUGCCAGAGCUCUACAUGCAGAAGUGUCCUGGUUUUACACAAGAAAACCGUGAAAAAAUAGAAAAGCAAUCUUUGGACUUGAUCUGGUUGCACUGGGACAGCCCUGUUGAAGGUGUGUCAGAUACAGUAGCUGACAUCUUCCAUAUUAUGUGCCAAAUGUGGCAUGUUGAACGGGGACUUGGAGAUCAGGAUGAAAAUGCCCUGCCCCAGAGACUUCAUCAAAAGCUGAUAUCUCUUCCCUGGUAUGUGAAGGGCAAGUACAAAUUGAUAGGGUCGCUGCUACAGUUUCUGGAAUUUAAGAAUGCCCUUACAAAUUUAGAAGAAAUAAAAUCUCAACUCUUGAUGUGCAUGGCCACAAACCAUUUGGCUCCAGCAGCUAGUGAAGUUUACAGAGUCUACAUGACUAAAUUGGCAACAUGCCAAAAUCCAGUCAAAAUAUGGGAUAAAGGUUGGAGAAAUACCCUUUUAGGAGGAUUAGCAAGUAAAGAUGAGAUGGUGAAAAGAAAUGUCAGCCAUUAUUGGCUUUCCUCCACUCUGAAGUUUAUUCCACAGUGUGGGGAGCAUCUAAAUUGGCUACUCACCAGCAGUUUAUACACGUCUGAUAACAUCCAGAUGGAUCCAUGUCAAAAACUGGACCUCCAGAUGAAAUGGACCCAUUCAGAAUUACUUCAUAUGUGGGUCAUGGUAUCUUUAACCUCUCGGUCACUUUCUGGUGUUGUUGUAUGGAAUGAAACAUUAUUGCAGGAAGCCCUCUAUUCUGAUGACCCGACAGUCAGAUUAGACACCUUGUCUUUACUCUGCAACUCUGCCAAAAAAGCAGAAAUGUUACACAAAAUAGAGUCACGUCUUCUCAUGGAAGCUCUCCCAGUCAACUUGAAUAUCGAUUCAGCUCCUUUUCGACAAAGUUUAGUGUCUUCUUUAAAAAAAUUGCUCACACGUAUCCGGGACAGCUGUCUGUCUUCCAUAAAAAACCAAAACCCGGACACAAUUGAUCUUUCCAUUAAUUUUGUUGACUGGCUCCAUCAAUUGUGCAUUGAAAACUUAGUUCCAGGAUCCAAUUUCCAGAGGCGUAAAAUGUGUUUGGAUGUUCUUAGCACUUUGUAUGAAAUGUUUACUCCUGUAGAACCUGCUAUAAAAAAACGAAGCUCUUUAGGUUGUGUAAAGAAAUUGGUGGAUUUUGUCCAAAGGGAAAAAAAUCUAUGGGACUUUACAUCAUCUUUAUCAUUUGUCUCAAUUCUGUUGUGUGUUUUGGACGGAGCUGAUGAGGUGCGGUGUCUAGCUACUGAUAUUUUGUACAAAUAUUUUGACUGGAAUCCAAAUCAUUUAUCAGGUUCACGUAAAAACCUUCCUGCACAUCUUCUGAGUGAGGCUUUAUGUUUGUGCAAUAGUCCUCGUAACCCAGAGAGCCAGAGUGGGAGCCUCAUAUGUAAACUGGUUUUCUGCAAAAUUGUCUCUGAGCAAUCAAGAUAUUUCACAAUACGCUCGGUUGGACGUACGUACGAAGUGGAAGAAUGUGCAGCCAUGGAAGUUUCAAGCCGACUCCAUUUUCUGCGUUCUUUGCUGCAACAAAUUGAAAUUGGGCUCACUGCAGCAACACAGAAUAUUGUGGUGGCAUCAAAAGAGAAAUCACUUCAUGGUCUGAUUCAUUGUAUAGAAGAGUGCCUACCCUAUAGUAUCAUUCCCAUAGAAGACAAUGAAAUUGCAGCUUGGCAGUCCCUGCUCGAGUACAUCAUCAACUUGGCUGAAAGCUCCUCACUGCUUGGUCACAUUGUACUGUUGGUGAGCAAAUACCCAGAGAACUCUGCACACAACAAUAAUCGACUCGUUAUUUCAACAGAUCAUUAUCAGAAAAUCAGCAACACUUUUCUCAAGGUUCUAACACAGUGCAGACAUCGGGGAGCCAUUGAAAAUUGCAGAGCAGGUUUCAUCAAUUUUUGUACAGCACUUUUCAACACCAACAACCAUAGUGCCAACACUAUUCCGGAAGACAUUCUCACACAGGUGCUUCGGAGUCUGGACUCUGGUAUUCAGGGUGUGUCUGUGACACGAAGGUCAGCAGGUCUUCCUAUUCUUAUUCAGAGCAUUUGCGUCAGUGAACGAAAGACAAAAAAUGUUUCUCUUUUGAUUGCCAGUGUGCCUGUGUCAACUUGCAAUCAAAAACAAGAUCCUAGUCAGGUCCAUGCCAUCAAUAUUCUCAAAGUAUUGUUUGGGGACAAUAAUCUGACCACUGGUCUCUUACCCCAUAUCAGUGAAGCUGUAAAAUUGGUCAUCUCAGGAUUUGAAUCACCAUCUUGGGCCAUCAGAAAUGCUUCUACACAACUCUUCAGCACACUUGUGACUAGGAUGUUUGGUCAGAAAAAGACAAAAGAUGGUUGCACAUUAAACACAAUGUCAUUUGAUGAACUUGCUGUCCACUAUCCAGAUUUACCUCUUUUUAUGCUGGACAAGCUGUCUUUAUCAAAGGAAAGCCUACACUCUAUCCAUGUCCAGCCAUCUCUGUUUCCAGUCCUUACUCUCCUCUCCAACCUAGGAGCCAGUGAGAAGAUGGACAACAACACUGUAAGCAUCUGUGAUAAAUUUGUCAGUUUGGUGGAGCCUUUAAUUGGAAGCAGGGUGUACCAAGUACGGGAACUUGCAGCGAGUGCCCUGACUGCAUUGACAGCGCCAUCGAAAAGACAUAACAAAGUCGUCACCCUCUUGCAUGAUCUUGAUAAGAUAAAAGGCCAACAUAACAAGGUGCACGGAACACUGAUUUUAACUGAAAAACUUUUAAUGUCCCAAAGCUGGAGUAAGAAGGAUAUGAAGGUGAUUUUGAAAAAAUUAAUUGUGAUUCCCUUUCCUCGGCACUCAACAUCGACACCUGCAUCGUGUGGUAUGAUUGAAUCCAGGUCUGUCCAGGUGAUCAAAAAUGCUGUUCUGGCCACAAAUGGUGGACAGUUCUUAGGUGACUUGUGGAGUCCACUUUGUGUGCGAAUGUGGAGACAGAUUGAGAACUUCUCACGAGGUUCUUCGUCUCUUUCAGAAUCGAUGGACUCCACAAGUGUGUUAUCUGAAUAUGCAGAAUUACUACUUCGCUGCACAACUGCGAGUUAUGUUGCAGGGGAAAGCGACAGUUUAAAGGAAGUCAUUAAUUUGCUCAUCACAUCGAAAUGCUAUGAAGUCCAAGAAAGGAGUUGCCAAAUUCUACAACAAUAUUUGCAGUCCGAUAAGUUGCCAGUCACCUUCUGGGAGGUUGUCAUGGACCGCAUCAUUCAUGUCCAGUUGAAUGUCAGCAAUCACAGCCCGACACAAAUCAUGGUCCUGGACCUGUUCACAGCAGUCUACUUGAAAUGGUCAAGUCAUUUUGACCAACACUUUAGCCUUCAUUUGAGGAUUCAGGACAUCAAUAAUAUUAUCAUUUGGCUUCAGAGUGUCUUGCUUUGUUUGACGACAGGGACCGGCAUGUUAGCGGCCAUGUUACCUUCCUUUAGUGUAUGCAUCAAGCUUAAGACAUUCUCAUCAACAACAACCAAGUUUGAAGAUUUAUUCCUGUUAUGGUCUGGUGUGUUGUUUGAUCAGUUUUCGAAUGUGGAUUCCUCUCUCCGAAUGGCGGUCAGUCAGUCAUUAGCUGUUGCUGGUCAGUCCGUGCUUGCAUCAUCAGCCUUGACAGUCCAAGAAGAGUCACCAGAGUCCCAUAAGUUGAUUACAUUCAAGACUUACCAAACUUCACUUCACCUACUUCAAGAUGAUGUUAAUGAAGUGAGAGGUUGGGUCGCUAAGUUUGUCCAUUCACUUCCAUUGUCUUCCUCACUCAAACAGUGUGACAGUCUGCAGAGUAAUAUUUGUUUACAGUUGUUAUUUGACCAGUUAAUAACUGACCACAGACACCCUGAUCCACUUCAGACAUUGCUAGCAAAAAAACUUCAAUUAAGUUCCUGGCAGUUAUUUGACCAAGAAGACAAUCCCAGCUUUGCUGAAAAAAUGGUUGUGAAUCAGCUUGCCCAUUCUGCCCUCUUAAAACUUAUAAAUGAGAAUGGUGAAGCAGGCCAUGUUGAGAAGCACUUGUCAACCCUUUGCAAAAAAAUCUCUCAUCUCAAGCAAUUGCAUACAAAACUUGAAAAGAUGAGAAACCUCCAUCCACUGAUCCAGUCACUAAUACGACAAGUAUCAUAA